AUGGACGUGUCGCCUAACAAGGUGCACGACGACGAUUGGCGGACUGGCAUUGGCCGCAGCGAGAGUAGAGCAGCGCUGAAGCCGGUAGCACAGAAUGCCUCCCUGGAGAAGCCUCUAUCAAUGCCUACAUUACACAAACGAUCCGAGUCGAAGGAGAACAUAAGUCAUAGACCGCCCAGUCGAGACAACUCUCUCCAAACAACGCCAAAACCACCGUCGCACACGAAAUCCAAAUCGGUCUCCUUUACCGAUGACCUUGUCAUUUCGCCCACUUCACCAGAGCCGAAAUCACCAAAGUCGCCUGGUCAUGGCCGAGGGAACAGCAUCGGAACUUUAUCCCGCUCAGACUCGAUGCGCGCAAGUACGAGACCGAGACCCAGAGGCCACAUGCGAUUCGGAUCGACCGACAGUCCGGCGCAAAAGCUCGAUGGCGGCGAUUUCGAUCAACUGCAGAAGUCUUCGACGCCCCAACUACGCCAUCUUAGUAAAUUGGCUGCUGAGAACGGAUCAACAGAGGACUUGAACGUACAUUCGGCUGAAGAGCAAGUCACUGGCUUGUUUGGCAGGCGGAGAUUGCAGCGAUCACAGUCGAUCAAGCAAGCCACCAAGACACAAUCUCAGUUCUCAUCGCAAUAUGCCAGCACAAAAUGGAUGGACCUUCAGCGGAAGCACUUGCAAGCGUAUGAAUACCUCUGUCACAUUGGAGAAGCCCGGGCCUGGAUAGAAGACGUUUUGGAUCCCACGAAAUUGCCUCCCAUCGUACAGCUGGAAGAAGGACUAAGAGACGGUGUUACUCUUGCAGAAGUUGUAGUCCGUCUGGCACCUCAACUACCACCCGAACAGCAGAAGGCUCUUGGAUCACAGCGAAUAUGGCGAUCUGCACCUCUAUCGUUUCGACAUUCUGACAACAUUGCACUCUUCUUCCGUUUCCUGGCCGAAAUCGAACUACCGGAACUGUUUCGAUUCGAGCUGAUCGAUCUGUACGAGAAGAAGAACAUCCCCAAGGUCAUUUACUGCAUUCACGCCCUGUCGUGGCUUCUUUUUCGAAAGGGCAUCGUAGAGUUCCGAAUCGGCAACCUGGUUGGCCAGCUCCAGUUCGAAGAACACGAGCUGGAGGAAACGCAAAAGGGCAUCGAUCGGAGUGGUGUGCAGAUGCCAAACUUUGGUGGUAUGCGAGAAGCUAUGCAAGUUGAAGAGGAGCCUCCGCCCCCAGAACCUACACCUGAUGAUCUCCUCGCCGAACAGGAAGAGAUGAUAGUGGACUUGCAGACUCAAAUACGGGGUGCCUUGAUCCGCAUUCGUCUGGGAAAUGUGAUGCAAGAUCUUUGGGAUGCCGAGGAGCAAAUCGCGCUCUUUCAAGCCGCGGCCAGGGGUGGGUUUGCUCGCGAGGUCUUCGACUUUAGAUACGCCAUGGACUCAUCGACUCGAAAAUUCCAAUCUGCAGCCAAGGCAUUCCUCAUACGAAGACAAUUGCACCAGAAGAAGGCUGUCUGGCGAGACAACAAGGAUGCUAUUGUGAAGGUGCAAAGUCUCUGGAGAGGCAGACAGCAGAGAGCACAGACAAAGCAGAUCCAAACCCAGUUGCGAUCGCAUCGUCAUGGAUUGAGAGAUCUCCAGUCCGCCAUCCGAGCGGCACUUGGGCGAUGGAGAGCCGGCGAUCUUUGGCACGAGACCAGAGACGAGAAGACAGAGGCUACCGUGAUGGAGUUCCAAGCCAACGCCAGGGGUGCCAUCGAAAGACUGCGGAUAGGCGCGAUCAUGAAUCGACUAUGGGACGUCGAGGAAGAGAUUGUUCACCUGCAAUCCCUGAUCCGGGGAGCACAGUUGCGAAAGGAAACGGCGAGCCAACAAGUUGCUGCACGACAGACUGCAGUACAUGUUGUCAAGUUACAAGCAGCUGUGCGUGGAUUGAUCCACAGAAAACAGCAGAAGCAGCAACAUGGCGAAUGGAAGAUGCACGAACCAGCCAUCGUACAGACACAGGCGCUUACCAGAGGUCUUCUGGAGCGUUUGCGGCAGGCACGUACAAUGGGUGCUCUUCAGGGCCGAGAGUCCACCAUCAUCAAGUUCCAGACUCUGCUACGGGCACGAGCCGCUCGAUCGCUGCACCUGGACACCAAGGACGAGUUGGCCUCCCAUCACGACAAGUUCUCAACCCUCCAAGCUCUCGCCCGUGGAUCAACAGCUCGUCUGCAAGUCGCAAAUACACGCUCGGAGUUACAAAAGCACGACAGCGGCGUACGCACAGUGCAAUCAUUUGCUCGGGCAAUGUUGCAGCGGAAGAGCAUCGGCGAAAAGUUGGCUGCAUUGGAAGAGCAAGAAGACAACCUGACGAACCUGCAGUCCAUGGCCAGAGCAUACAUCGAGCGCCAACGAAUCUUCGAACAGCUUGUUGAGAUGGAGAAGGAGGAGACCAGCAUUGCUGACGUUCAAGCCCUCGCUCGUGCCAUGCUUCUUCGCAGUCAGAUUGGCACUUUGCUGGCUGGUCUAGAGGAGCAUGAAGAGGCGAUAGUCGAACUACAAGCAGCGCUACGAGGCUUUAUCGUUCGGAAAAGCUUCUCAGAAAAGCGGAAGCACUACCGCGAGAACAUGCAAAAGGUCAUCAAACUCCAGUCUUUCGUACGAGCGAAGCAGCAAGGCGAGAGCUACAAGAGCUUGGUGAACGGAAAGAACCCUCCGCUGCCUGUGGUGCGUCGCCAUCUUCACCUGUUGACCGACUCAAAUCUAGAAUUUGAGGGCGAGAUCGAGGCAGAGCGUCUGCGCAGACAAGUCGUUGAGAGUGUGCGUCGAAACGAGCUCGUUGAGAGCUAUGUCGAAGGCUUGGACGUCAAGAUUGCCUUACUGGUCAAGAACAAGAUCACACUGGACGAAGUCGUGAAGCAUCAAAAGCACUUUGGUGGAUCAGCCUCGCAGCUACUUCGGUCAGGAAACACACUUGGCACUGCUUCUGGGCUGGACCUGAAAGCGCUGAACAAGAACUCACGCAAGAAGCUGACCGGGUAUGAAGAGCUGUUUUUCGUUCUGCAGACGCAACCUCAGUACAUGGCCAAAGUCCUUGGGGUGCUCACGAACCGCGGCCUAGCAGAAAAGGAAGGCAAGAACUUCGAACGGCUUGUUAUGACGCUCUUCGGAUAUGCACAGAAGAGUCGAGAGGAGUACUACUUACUCAAGGUGCUUGCGACGAGCUGCCAGCAGACAAUUUCACGUUGCCAGAGCAUCGAGGACUACAUGCGAAACCAGAACAGCACAUUCCAGCAGCGACUGGUCCUUAACUAUGUCAGAUCGCCAAAGGAGAGAGCAUACUUGAAGACUCUGUUCGGCAAUAUGGUCAGGAAUGGCAUUUGUGGCCAGGACCAUCUUGAUCUGGAGAGCGACCCGCUCCAAAUCUACAGAGCAAUCCUCAACAACGAAGAGCUCUCCACCGGACAGCCUUCUCAGCGACCACGAGACUUGCCGCGAGAAGUUGUAAUUCGUCAAGAAGAUGUACGUCCGAGAUACGUCGAGCAUCUCGAAGACCUGCGGGAUCUCGGAGACGGUUUCUUCUUGACCUUGGAAGAGUCGCUCCAUCGCAUGCCAUACGUCAUUCGAUAUCUGGCUGCCGAACAGCAUCGUGCUCUGUGCGCACAGUUCCCUCGUGAGGACCCUGGCCAUUUGGCAAUGCUUGUUGGCGCUUGGCUGUGGAGGACAUACCUCCUUCCUGCGUUGAGAGAGCCAGAGAUGUGGGGAGUGGUAGAUCGGGGCCUUAGUCCCAUUCACAAGCGUAACCUCAGCCAGGUCAUCACCAUCCUUGGCCAGGUCACAGCCGCUGGUCGUUUAUUCGGGGCCGACAACUUGUAUCUGCAACCUCUCAACAACUGGAUCACAGAGUCGCUUGAUCGAUGGCAGGAGUGCCUGCAGCAUCUUUUCGAGAUCCCAACGCCGGAAGAACAGUACGAUGCGGACCAGUUCAGCGAUCUGUACUCGCGGACGAAGCCGAUACUCUACAUCAAGCUGGCCGACAUCUUCACCAUCCACAGCAUGAUCGCCGACAACCUUGCUGCAGUGGCACCAAGCCGGGAUGAUCCGAUCAAGGAGAUUCUCACCGAUCUGGGCACUGCAAAGAGCAACGAGAGCGACUUGGGCGGCGCAUCAAAUGGUGGCGAGAUUACAUUGACGCUUAAAUCCAGGUUCACUGUGCAAGAAGACCCGAAUGCAGAAUGGAGGCAGUUGUUCACAGCCACGAAGAGACUGGUGCUGUACAUCAUCAGAGUGCAGUCUGGCUCAAAUUUGAUGGAGAUCUUGCUAAGGCCGAUAUCACACGAAGAUGCAGACCGGUGGAUCUCUCUCGUUCAAGAAGAGCUUGCGGAGAAGGAUCGCGAUCGAAAACCCGGCCACAAGCGGACUCCCUCAGCAUUUGAUCCGAGAGGCUCCAUGCGUUCUGGCAGAGCGCAAUCUGUGUAUUCGGAGGCUCCAUCGACAUUUUCGGAGGAUCGACGAGAUCUGCUGGACCUUCAAGGCAUGACAUAUGCUGAACUCAAGUCGACUGCGCUUGAGAACAUCAUCCAACUCGAGCAACCACACAUUCCGCCGCAGUUCCGCGUCAGCAGGCACAACAACUACCAGGAGGUCCUCAACGCCUUGGCAGCAGACAUCAGACAGAAGCAUCGCCGGCGGCUAGAGCGACAGCGAGACACCGAGUCGACCCGCACGACCCUCGCCCAACUUGACUCCAAAGCAGCCUUCCUCGAAGAUCAACUCAAGUCCUACAACGACUACAUCGAGCAAUGCCUUCACACCCUAGCCAACAAGAAGGGCUCGAAACACAAAUUCAUCAUGCCCUUCACGAAGCAAUGGUCUCACGAACGCGAGCUCGAAAAGGCCGGCCGCCAACCCAAAUUCGGCUCCUACAAGUACUCCGCCCGCCAACUCGCGGACAAGGGCGUCCUCCUCAGCUGGCAGGGCUACUCACAAGAGCAUUGGAGUAACCUAAACGUCGUCAUCAGCUCCGACGAAGUCGGCGUCUUCCACCUCGAAGCCAGCUCAGGCAGCAUGAUGCUUCCAGGAGCAAGCGCGAACGUGCUGUUGGACGACCUUCUCCAAGCACAGUACGACAACAAGAACGCCAUCCCGGUCUUCGAGGAGAUGAGCGGUGAUGGAGCCAAGCUGGCGGUGAAUUUGUUGCUGCAUUUGCUUUUCAAGAAGUUCUAUCGCGAUGAGUAG